AUCGUCUGCAGCCUCACUUUCUAUUGAGUCACAUCUCAAAGUUUAAUAUCCCAUGAACACGUAGUCCCAUUCACAAGCUACUCCCAAUGUUGACUAAUGAGUCAACAUAGGCCUCCCUCUAAACACGUCAUUUGCAACAGAACUUCUUCUUCGUAGUAUCAUCAUUUCAAGACAUGAGAGGAGCUUCGCAAACAAGCUUCAUUAUAAGCUUCACCGUUCGUCUUUCAGGCUCUGAAAAGACACGUCCACGUUCACGCCUUUCCCGCAACACAACGUGUCUUCAAAUAAACCUCCAUCUUAUCAAUCCUUCAAAAAUAAACAUCACAAGCCCUAACCCCAUCAAUACCUCGAUCUCUCACACUGAACGUACCUAUUCCCAUCUCAAGCCACAGCGCCACAUUUUGACUUUUCUUUUUCCUCUCUUCUUGCUCCACCCGAUAAGCUCCCGCUGUCCAACUCCACCACUCACCCAAAUCCCUGGCUCGGCCAUGUCCCAUCCACACUCCCCCCCUCCCCUAGCCAAAGUACUCUUUUGGUGAGACGUCACUGGGAGUGUACUUUGGUUUUGCCAAUGGCUUGGUCCCGCUGCAACGGCGGCUUCACCCGCGCACAUCAGUCAGAACAUGCUUACCUAGGUUAUGUCCCUUACUUACCCAGAAAUAUGGCUCACGCUUAACCUCUAGAGGAAGCGAACCGGCCCCCAAAAGGUAGUGUAGGGCUGAAGGGAUUUUCUUCCAAGGGGGCCCUACGUGCAUUUGGUCUUGCGACAACAUGUCAAGCAGACUUUUUUUGUCGUUGGAUCAAUCGGGUCAGCAUUCUCAUCCA